GUUCCGAAGAUUUGAAAAUCUUUCCGCAGUGAGUCACAAACUUGUUCGAUUCUUGCAGUUGCGAGAAGUGUUCGAAGCUCCAGUAUUGAAAAGUUCGCUCAGUAGGUUAGUUGCUAAUCUGUUGUGAAAGCACGUGUUUUUAGAAAUUCGAAUUAUUGGAUAGUGUUUCUCACUUCUGACUUUCGCACGAAGCUUUGUACAAUAAAAUGAUUUGUAAGUUCUGGCUUGACAACGGAUAAUAUUCUGAUUUAAUUUGUGUGACUGCCGUGGUGUGUAAAUAUUUUGAUAUUGCAGCUGUAGAUUUGGGAAAAUGGGAAAGACGUAUUUUGGAAUGUUCACCUUGGCCUUCAUCGCCCUAUCCUUUGUGACUGUUAGUGCCAAAGUUCAUCUAAGUUACAGUGAAAUACAUAAAAUGGGCGGCAUAUGCCCUGCUUUGGAAAGCUGCCAGAAACCUGACGACCGAUUCAGAUCUGGCAACCGAGAACUUCUUCUGCCAAAAGAUAAAAACUGUGCCUGUGAUUAUCUGUGCGCCGACUAUGGCGAUUGCUGCAUCGAUGCCCCGGAUGUCGAGGUUAAAUAUUCAUUGCCAGAUUUCAAUUGCCUCGAAAUGAAACAGUUUGGUGGUGUCUUCAUGAUCGACACCUGCUUACAUUCUUACGAAGGCCCUGAUGACGUCAGGUAUCAAUGCGAAAAUUUGAUGCCUGGAGAUGUGACGGAUCCCAUUGGAGCAAUGCCUGUUACAAAUUAUCAGACUGGAGUAACUUUUAAGAACUACUACUGUGGUAUUUGCAAUUAUAUGACCGACAACUUAGUGUUGUGGACUCCCAGGCUAGAGUGUCCGACCGUGUCUUUAAUCGAAAGCACACCGAAUAUAACCCAUGAAUAUGCUUUCAAAAACUUGGCUUCCACUGACAAAAGCUGGGGACUUUACCUAACUGGCGACAAUGGAUCUUUGUUCUUUCAUGACUGCGAAAUUGAUCCUCUUAUGCCUAUGGUUCUAGAAACUAAAAUCAGACUCUGUAGACCAGGUUUAAUAUCUGAUUGCCCACCAGAUUGGGAAAAUGAGGAAGUCCGCGCUAUGUGCCGCUCGUAUAUGGGUGCGAGAUAUAUCCAUGGAGGCGACAAGUACAGAAAUGUGCAUUGUGCUUUAUGCAAUGGUGUCAACACAACUCGCUUGUCAUGCAAAUUUGCUGAGUCGAGAGAAAUUACUACUUAUCGCACUUACGACACCCAUGCAUUUUCUUUGUUAUUGGAUAUCAAUGAUAGAAGAGGCAACAAUGUUGGCAUGAUUCAAUUUUGCGAGGAAGACGAGAUAUUCGAUCCCUUUUUCAAAGUUUGUCGCAGUCUGGCUUGCUUACCUGGUUACAAAAAGAAAGGAACGGAAUGUGUUCCAAGGGGGUUACCAGACCUAGAUGAUAAUUCAAAUAAAGUGGAUGACAUUGACAGCGGUGAUGGUCCCAUUAUUUCGGAAGAUCCUGAACUGAUAAAACUCAGUCCAAGUGAUGAUCAUGACCAAUCCGUGUUAGGGUACCGCGAGAGUUCUGCUGAAAAUGGUACUUUUGACGUUGCGAAUCGAACAGUUUACAGUUUAGCUGAUUCAAAUAUUGACAAACCUCUACACGGAGAACUCAACAAGCUUCAGAACUGCUUGUUGAUAUCACUAACUGUUGAUGAUUAUGUCAUGCUCCCUAAUGCGAAUAUUUAUGUACCGAAGUAUAACAAAACAUAUGAGCCUACAGCGUACCAUGCAGCGGAUGGUUCAAUUUUAAUUUGUUCUCAUUUAACUGAUGAGGUCAAUUUCAAGUUCAUGCCUUUAAUGGGUUAUGUUACAUCAGUAGGAUUAGUAAUCUCAAUGAUUUUCAUUGUAGUUCAUUUGAUUGUUUUCUUCUUGGUGCCAGAGCUUCAAAAUCUUUCAGGGAAAAAUCUAGCAUCGCACUGCAUUGCCCUUUUGUGCGCGUACUUGUGCUUUUUAACUGGAUCACUUGGAGUUCUUAGUUUCGAAGCAUGCUCUGCAAUAUCAUUUUUGACCGUGUAUUUCUUUCAAGUUUCUUUUUUUUGGAUGACGGUGAUGGCUUUUGAUGUUUGGCGAUGUUUGAAAAUGGCGACUACAGAACUUCGAGUAGCCAAAGGCAAACAGCUGAAGCGAUUUUUCUUUUACUCAAUUUUUGCUUGGGUCAUGCCUAUGUUAAUAAUUGUGACUGCUGCCAUAGCGGAGUUUACUGAUUUGUUCCCCGACGAAUAUAAACCGAAUUUCGCUUCUCCUCGUUGCUGGUUUAAAAGAAGACGUGCUCUUCUAGUAUAUUUUGUUGCACCUUUGAUUGCAGUGGUGGCAGCCAAUAUUUGUUUGUUCUUUUCAAGUGCGCGCAUGCUUGUCAUGGCCAAACAGUCUUCUCUCAAACAACAAAAUCAAAACCAGAAACAAAGUUAUAAGUUAUAUUUGAGAUUAGCUCUUCUCAUGGGUUUGACGUGGACGACUGGAUUUGUUGCUAGUUACUUUGACGUGGAACCUCUUUGGUAUUUAUUUGUAAUACUCAACACUCUUCAAGGAUUGUUCAUCUUCAUAGGUUUCUCCUGUACCAGCAAAGUUUACGAUCAUUUCAAAGGAAAAGGCUCAGAAAAAUUCCAUUCUGGAUCGACUAAUACGUCAAAUCUUUCUACUACACCAUUCUCGUCAAAGCUUUUCACGAGGUUUAAAAGAUCAAUCUCUCCUACACCUUCUAGGUCAAACAGUUCAAUUAGAAAAGUAAAGCCUUUGUUCUGAAGUGUGUUCCUUCUACGGUUCGAAAGUUGAGCUGAGCUACUUGGAAUUUAUAUGUACCUGCAAUAAUCAGUGAAAUAAACACUUUAAGCAAGUUUAACUGAAUGUCAAAAAGCUUCAACUAUUUGUAAGCUAAUUAUUGCGAACUUAAUGUGUAACUACUGUGAUUGUUUUAUGACUUUUACUCAAUUAAGAAUGUACCAUAGUCAAGAAUUUUUGUGAUAAUUGUGGAUAAUUGACAAUCUUCAGGAUCUGAUUUUUAAAGCAACUAUAAACUGAAACUUUGUAAAAACUCUGGCUCAAUUUUUAUAGUGCAUGUAUGUGUAUUCAUUUGUGAUGUUUUUGUGCACCGUGCAAUCAUUAUACAUCUUGCUCUAAUCUCAUAUCACAUCAUUAAACAUUCCAUUAUUUUAAAUAGAUUUUAAGACUUGUGUUUACAAUUUUGAAGAAAAAAAAAAGCUUACAAAAUAAAAGAAAUUUAUAUCUUAAA